GAAUAACAGGUUUAAUUCCAAUUUCUCUUCUUUCUUGCGUUCCUAUAGACACCUAAAUACUGGAGAUCAUGCCAAAUGCAUUUUAAAUGCAGAGAUAAGGCGUCUAAUCGAUUACCGAGUUGCACUGCUAGAUCCGUUUCUCUGAGUCAGCCGGUCGCUGCUGUCCGUUCUGAAGAUGGAGGAAGCAGGCGAAGGGAAUAUCGCACUGCAGCGGAUACACAGUGUUUAGACGCUGUCUGGAACUCCAUAUCAGAUGAGGUGGAUGUGUGUCACCCCUUCCACUGCUAAAGAUCGUCCCCUGUUUGUGACCAAUAUGAACUCCAGUUGAACAUGACAGUCAUCAGAGGACUUCAACACCACAGUAGAGACUGACAAGCCUCUGUCAUUGGAAAUAAUCGAUUGUUUUUACGCAAGGAUUUCGUUGGACACUUAUUUGCGCUUUCACAGGGGGGAGACCAAAACAAAAAGUUCUGCCCCCUGAAUAUGGACAUGGAGGCAUCGAAUGGCUAUAUUGCAAGUAACGGCAACUGCUCUCCCAGGAAGGAGAACUCGAGAAUGCUGGUGGAUCUGUCGACCAGCAUACCCAAUGGCCAGCAUUCCCAAAGUCCUAAUUCCCCUGCUGCACGCACAAUCAAACAGGAGGAAGGUACUGAGGAGGAGACAGAGAGAAGGCUGGAUGAGGCGGGUCACAGCGGUGAAGAAGGCUCUGGAUUGGAGGAGCCCAUGACUGACAGCCCAAAUAACUCACAAGAUGCUGGGCCAGGAACAGAAGGACAUAAUGAGACCGGGAUUAGACUGCCAAAUGGUGACCGGCCAUUCCAGUGUAACCAGUGUGGGGUUUCAUUCACUCAAAAGGGCAACCUACUGAGGCACAUCAAACUCCACACGGGAGAGAAGCCCUUCAAAUGCCCAUUCUGCAGCUACGCUUGCCGCCGCCGUGACGCCCUGACCGGACAUUUGCGCACACACUCAGUGGGCAAACCACACAAGUGUAACUACUGUGGGCGGAGCUACAAGCAGCGCACGUCAUUGGAGGAGCACAAAGAACGGUGUCAUAAUUACUUGCAGAGCGUCGGCAUGGACUCUACCUCCAAUCCUGGACUGUAUCCAGGAGAGGUACCAAAGGAGCAGAGGCCACUGGAGUCAACUGGGAUGGUGGCUUUCGACCGGCCUCCUGUAAUUGAAAGACUGCAGGGGAAUGUGGGUAAACGGAAGAGCACCACGCCACAGAAGUUUGUGGGUGAGAAAAUGGUUCGCUAUUCGUACCCCGAGUUGAGCUAUGAGAUGGGCCCUAAGUAUGACAAGGAAGCUGAGGUGAUGCAUGCGCAGUUGAUGGACUACUUGGGCUCUGACUCCUUGAGGCCCAUGGUCCAUCACCCAUCCCUCUCCAUGGCUGAAGUGCUGCCUAUGGUGAACCCGCUCUUCCAUCCGAUGUACCCGCUCGGCCCACGCAUGGACCGUCCCAGCAGUCGAGAGGCUCCUCCGCUGCCCCACCCAAACCCAGAGUUCUCACACCCAACCAAUGGCGCAAUCCCCUUGGUCAGGCCCAAGAAUCCUCGGUCGGCCCGAGAUGGGUCCCCGUGCAACAGUGGACAGGAUUCGGCUGAUUCGGCACGGAGCAGCCCCCAGGACAAGCUCAGCUGCACCGGGCCCAGGACGAGAUCAAGCCCAGGGUUUGCCCGGGCAGAGGAAGGCAGGGCGAUAGACGCCGGCCGUUUCGCCGCCAGGGACAGCAUCCGCGUCUUUGGCCGCGAAGGCCAGGAGCUGAGGGUGUUCCAGUGCGAACACUGCCGCAUCCUGUUCCUGGAUCACGUCAUGUACACCAUCCACAUGGGUUGCCACGGAUACAGAGACCCACUCGAGUGCAACAUCUGCGGCCACUGCAGCAAAGAUCGCUACGAGUUCUCCUCACACAUCGUCCGUGGAGAACACACCUUUCGUUAAGAAUCCCACGCACUCUUGCAGUCAGUUUACCGCAGACGGCAUCAGUUUACUGCUGAAGCAUUACAAGAGCACCAAUCGGCAGAUAUAUGAAGGUUUGGGUCCAAUAGAAAGUUUUCAUUUUGGAGCUGUUUGAAGAUUUUUGUUCUGGGCGAGGGGAUGAAUAUGUUUGUUUCUUUUUGUUCUUUUUCAUUUCAUUUCACCUCACACACAGAUUAUUGUUAUAUAUGUACUGAACCUUCCAACAGAGCAGCUAUGUGUUAUCUAAAGUUGUGAAGUUUUUUCUCUCUUUUUUUUUGUCAUCUGUAUUACCUCGAUGCAUGCUGUCAUUCUUGUUUCAUGGACCUUGAUCAAUAUUACAGGUAAUCCGAGCAAGCAGAGCUUAGUUUUGCAUACAAAAAAAGAAGAAAAUAAAAA